AUGCAAUCACCAGUACAGCCACAACGGGCUGGUAGUCUCAGUUCAUUGAUCAGUAAUAAUAGCGAAGGGAACUGCAAAUUCAGUCUUUACAAGCUAUGUCUCAGCAGAAGCUCUUUCGAUUUGGACAGACAUGUCAACACUCAUCUGCCAAAGAACUCAAAGUCGGUAUUAUGGAAGUUGGACGCCAACCACCCAAACACCCAAUCCAUUCACUUAUAUAAGAGCUUAACCUUUAUAGUGACCAGUAGUAUAUACGGACAGUUGUUGGUUGUCGUGUGUCUGGCCUUCUUCACCGCUGAGAUCGUAACGCCUAAAAUACCACUCUUUUACUUCGAGGACUUAAGCCUUCAAACGGGAAAAAGUCUCAUAAAAUUGGAGAAACAGACAGAUCUCACGCUUCAAUAUUUUUACGAAUCGGUGGUAUUGUCUUUGGACUCGGAGUUAUGGUUUACAACGGACUCGAAUUUGGCGCAUACUUUGAGAUUCCCUACACUUCUCCCUGCUAUUCUGUACUUUUGGGAGUUGAAAAGCGGGACAUCGCACGCAUUUCUGGAGGAACUGAUACUUCCUCUUCGGAAUCAGAUAUCUCGAGGCAGAUCCCGAUCCCUUCACGACUCCUUCAUUACUGAAGCCCCCGUUAAUACGAGUUCGACGACAACGACAAUAAAUAGGAGUAAUCCGUGUCAGAAGGAAAACAUAAUGGGAACCAUAUUAUCGGACGCCUCCCCUUAUUUAUACCCAUUUAUCGUUGAAUACUCACUAAUCGGAGCCGCGUUUUUGUAUGUCAUGUGGUCUACAAUAGGCAAAGGAAAGCGUAAUAACUUAUGCAACGGAAACGACAGCACAUCGACGCCAACAUCACCAAUAGGUGUAGGUCUUCAGGUGGACAACUUAAGUACAACUUCGAGCAAUACCUACAGCUCUAACUCACCGGCGCUCUACAGCUGCCUCGGGUCGAGCAAAGGGCUUUUUAGUGGAUUCUUGUUUUUGGCCAUUUCUGUCACAUCUCUCAUCAUAUUCUUUGUUUUGGUUCACAAUCCUAACUAUAAACUGAUGGCAACUCUUAUCAGCGAUAUCUCGCAUUCAGUACUUCUUAUAUUGAGUUGUGCUGCCAUUUUGCUGGGAUUCAUCAAAACCAGACGUUUGAAGUUUCAGCCGGGAGUGUCUGAGACAGCAGAUGGAGGUCUACGAGAUUUGCUGCUCCGAGUGGCGGCUUUCGGUCUCUACACGUAUUCGCUGUUUGGAGUGAUCGCCGGAUCCAUGGAAUUGAAUUCAAUUCGACAUCUCCUGGUUCUGGUGACCAGUACUCUCACUAUAGUUCAGAUAACACUUCAAUCGCUGUUCAUAUCAGACGUGGUGUGCCGUAAACGCAACUCCCAUAAACAGCCGGGUCGACAGUUGAUCACAUUCUUGCUCAUCAAUAAUUUAACGCUUUGGAUCGUAUAUACGUUUGAGAUGCAGAAAGUGGAGGCAUCACCCGUACAGCUCAGCAUUCCAUUCCGCGAUCACUUUCGCUGA